AAACACCAACCCAAAGUUAUUGACAUUUUAUUAGAAAUUCUUGAUGUCUUUUUAGGCAAAAUUAGACGUACAAUGUGCACAGCUUUAGGCAACAGGAAAUCAGAAUUGACAUUUAAAAAAGAGUAUGGGUGUAUAAGUUUUAUAAAUAACAGAAUUUAUGGCCUAAAUCCAAGUAAUUUUCAACGUUUGUUGAGGGAAAAGCUGGCAUUAGCUACAGGGCUGUACCAAACAGACCUGAAAGCCCACUAUGGAUGUGUAAAUGCUAUUGAAUUCUCCAACAAUGGUGGUGAAAUGAUAGCAUCUGGUGGAGAUGAUAGAAGAGUAUUAUUAUGGAAUACACAGAGAGCAAUAUCUAAUAAUGGUUCUCCAGCAAUUAUGAAAUCAGAACAUAGAAGUAAUAUAUUCUCUCUAGCAUUUGAUAAAGAUAAUGAGAAGAUAUUUUCUGGAGGUAACGAUGAACAGGUGUUUGUACAUGAUGCAGCCACGGGGAAUCCAGUAGAUAAUUUUAUGCAUGAAGAUGCCGUGUAUGGUUUAUCAACAGAUCCUAAUAAUAGUAACGUAUUUGCCAGUGCUUGUGAUGAUGGCCGUGUUUUAAUAUAUGACAUUAGAGAACCAGCAGAUUCAGAACCAUUCUGUCUAGCCAAUUAUGUUUCCUCCAUGCAUGCUGUUAUGUACAACCCUACAGAACCCCGUCUCCUAGCAACAGCUAACGCAAGAGAAGGAAUUGGAUUGUGGGAUAUACGGAAACCAAGAAGCUGUUUGAUGAGAUAUGGAGGUGAAUUUGAACAGCAGAGUUGUAUGAGUGUAAGGAUCAAUGGUAUGGGCAACCAGAUUCUGGCACUGAGACGACGUCUUCCACCUGUGAUAUAUAAUAUACACAGUUCUAAACCAGUAGCCGAGUUCGAACAUAUGGGAUAUUUUAACUCGUGUACGAUGAAAUCUUGCUGUUUCGCAGGUGAUAGAGAUCAGUAUGUUGUAUCAGGAUCAGAUGAUUUUAAUGUUUAUGUAUGGAAAAUACCAGAUGAUUUAUCGGAAAGAGUGUAUGUAAACAGUGCUCAUCUAGUGUUAAAGGGACAUAGGUCAAUAGUCAAUCAAGUUCGAUCAAAUAUAGAUACUGGUUUAAUUUUAUCCUCAGGUGUUGAGAAAACAAUCAAGGCAUGGAGUCCUUUUCCUCUGAAGAAGAUAGAUCCAGAAACAAAUACUGAGAUAGAACCAAUUGAACGACCAGUUUAUACCCACGAGGAAUAUAUUAAUCUUGUUCUACGUAGUGGUCAUGUGAUGUCACAUGACUAUACUCAGCAUUCAACGGAGGAGGAUCCUAGGAUGAUGGCGUUCUUCGAUUCGUUAGUUCAACGUGAGAUGGAAACGUGGAGCUCGAGCGAAGAGUUCUCCAGCAAUGAAGAAGAAUUGUAUGAUCGAAUAUUACAGGUCUCACGUGCAGAAUCGCAGGAUGUCGUGAUCCCAAGAAUAGCAGAAGAACUUAUUUCGGAUAACUCUGAUGAUGGCCUUAGUCCUUUCACGUUAGCAUUCGCAAGUGUAAUGGCCGCUCAAACAGCCGAACAGAGUAAUACUUCUCGUCUCCUAGACGUGGAGGACUCGACGGAAUCAGAGAAUAAUGAGACAAACGCAGACGGAACCGAAAUGCCGAAUAAUACAAACAGACGGAGUAUUUCUGAUAUUAUCGCAAACAAUAAAAAAGAAACGUUAAUGAAGAAUAUGGAAGCUAAGAAAAAAAUGAAAUGUAAACGAACUCUUAAGCGCCAUAUUGUAUCUGACUCGGAUUCCGACAAUGACACAAAUCCAGGUUUCAGUCAUGAAAAGUUGCAGAAAUUAAUGGAUGGACCUGGGGAAUGUUCUACGAGUGCAACUACUGUUUCAAACAAUACGAACUCCAAAAAAGGCAAUAUCAAAUUUCAUCUGAAAAAACUACGCGAUUUACGCAGUCAGAUUUUAAACAGUGACAGCGAAAGUAAUGAUAAUUCCCACGCCAGUUUGUGUGAUAUUAACCAAUCAGAUGUUGGAGUUCCAGUUUCUGCGGAACUACCAUCAUCGACUGUUACUUCCUGUAAAGAUCAUUCUGAUGCCAGUAAUGCAUAUGGACCGUUUCUGCAUGAAACUAAUGUAUCGGUGAUAACAAGCUCGAUGGAUGUGAACAAAACAAACCAGGAACAAAGCAAUGUACGAAACAAUAUGAAUUUCCCGAGAAACAACAAUACUAAUGAAAAUUGUGAUAACACUUAUGACCAACAGAUUAAUAAUAAUGUUGAUUCGGACCAAAAUCCAUUGUCAAAACAUGGUCGUAAUAAUGAUAAAAUGGACGAUAAUUCUGAUAAAUUGACAGCCGAAGAUCGUGAAAGAUCAAAACGUCAUUCAAACGGCCCACAAAACAAUUCUAGACAUUUGAGGAAUGUUUCAUCUACGUCUUCUAGUAGUCAAGAAGCUAAUAAUACUAACUUAGACUCUGAUGAUACAACCAGUGGAAUAUCAUCAGAGGUGAACACAGAGCAAAUCCAGAGGACUUUAGAUUCUGCAAAACCAGUAGAAAAUAUGAGUUGCCAGUCAACAAGUUCGGACCCUGGUAACAAAACCGUUAACAACGGUACAGAUAGUGAACCAACUUGGAAUGAAUUUAAACGCUACAAGAAAAAACUGGAACGAGCCCAUCGUUACUAUCGUCGACACAGUGGUAGUCAGGCGUCUAGUGAUGAGGACAUUUAAAUUAUUUUAUAUAUCUCUGUGAUUCUGUUUUCAUAAUCAAAUAAAAGACAAGCUCUUUAAUUGAAAUAUAAUGGGACAUCAUUGUAAACAAAUUACUAUAUAUAAGAUUGGGUUUCAAUAUGGAAAAAAAUGAAAUGGGGUUUAACUUCCUACUUUUCUGCACCGACCGGGAUACUGAAAAUGAGCAUACGCCAUGCAGUGAGCCAUGGGUGGUGGGAAUUUUUUAUGGACAGUCGCAUUUUUUCAUCCAAUUUCAACUGUUGGAUUGUUCGUUUCCGGGCAUGACAACGUGUACACAGGAGUUUUUUGUACUAUCUGAAUAACUAGGCCCUUUAUCCUGCAUCACUGACAAGGGAAAAUCUGAAAUAUCAUGAGAAACUUUCUGGGAUAACUCUUAUUUCGAUUUUGCAACUGCCAGGGGAUCUUUGUUGUGCUGCCAACGUUUAUAGAUAUGAAUUAGGUUUUCCUUUCUAUCAAAACUACUAGAAGCUUUCCCUUGUCCAGCUGUCUGGACUACACCACUGACCAAGGGAUGCUUGGCCCUGAGUUCACAAAGCAUUCUUAGACUUAAGUUAAGAAUUUACUCAAAAUUGUUAAAAAAAGUUUUGUUGUAUUAAUGUAUCAAAUACACCAAUAAUAAACUAUGUCAAAGUUUUGUGUUUCUGGAUCAAAGAUAUUUCUCUAAACAGUGAUUGAAAGUUGAGUAAAUUCUUAAGGUAAAUCUGAAAAUGCUUUGUGAACUCCGGGCCUGAUUCUGGAGAAACUUUCUCAACCAACAUGGGUGCAUUAGAUACAUUCUGUGAUUGAAUCAGGUGGCAUGUUUUCAGUUCCAGGAUUGUAGGUGACUAGGACUAGAGUAGCCUGUCUAACCCCAUCGUUUCUCUGGGUUUCCUGUCACUGCUGAAUACCCAUUAUAGAACACUGCAUGACAUAUGAUGGCCUUCUUCAUUAGCUGGGGGAGUCACGGUGCCUAAAUGAGUAAGAUGCUGGCUCGCUAGUCUGGAUGUCGCGGGUUCAAUCUCUAUGUUGACCGAAAAAGUUCAUCCGGAUUUUCUAGAGCGGUUUCGAUUUGUCAGUGCGUGGUCCAGGACUGACAAGGACAGCUGUCUAGUCGUUCAGGUUCCGUGCUUACAUUGGCGUGCAUGUAAAAGAUCCCUUGGCAGUUGGAAUUCGAUUUAAGAGUAGGCAAUAGUGCCGCUGUCUGGGAAAAAUUUCCCACAUAGCAUACUGUAUGGCGUAUGCCCGUCUUCAUUGCCCCAGUCGGAGCAAAACAGUAGGACGUAAAACUCCCAUUUCAUUUCACUACCUCAUGCCCAAACAAUAUAAUCCUUCGAGCAUAUUAUGUAUUGUUUGGAGUGUAAGAUAUGCCAUAUAAUUAUAUGAACCAUUAUACCAGUAAAACUGUAUCUGGAUAAAUGUGUCUAAAUGGGUAGUCAUGAUGUUGAGUCAAAAUGUGACUGGAUGGGUAGCCAUGAUGUUAAGUCAAAAUGUGACUGGAUGGGUGGCCAUGAUGUUGAGUCAAAAUGUGACUGGAUGGGUAGCCAUGAUGUUGAGUCAAAAUGUGUCUGGAUGGGUAGCCAUGAUGUUGAGUCAAAAUGUGACUGGAUGGGUAGCCAUGAUGUUGAGUCAAACUGUGUCUGGAUGGGUAGCCAUGAUGUUGAGUCAAAAUGUGACUGGAUGGGUAGCCAUGAUGUUGAGUCAAACUGUGUCUGGAUGGGUAGCCAUGAUGUUGAGUCAAAAUGUGUCUGGAUGGGUAGCCAUAAUGUUGAGUCAAAAUGUAUCUGGAUGGGUAGCCAUGAUGUUGAGUCAAAAUGAGUCUUGGUGGGUAGCCAUGAUGUUGAGUCAAAAUGUGUGUGAAUGGAUAGCCAUGAUGUUGAGUCAAAAUGAGUCUUGAUGUGUCAUUGAUGCCAUGUAAGAAACAAACUAUAAAUAUUUGAUAUAGUCAGAACAAUAUGGUACUUAGAAAUUAGUGUGCACAAAAUUUUGAAGCAGCAUCCCUGUGGACACCUAGUCAACUGGAUGAGCAUGACUGCAUGUACUUGAUUGUGAAAGAAGAAAUUCUUGAUUUUUAUCCAAAUUAAGGAAUUUGUAUUCAUAGAUCAAUGUUUGUUUACAACCAAAUACAACCCAAAAUGAUAGAGCAUUUUAUACAAGAAUAAGUACUAAUUUAUUUGGGUGAUUUUUCGAAGAGUAUUCUCUUGCCCAAAUAAA